UUCUUUUCUGACAAAAAAUUAUAUCACGUUUAAUUUUUAUUAUAUUUUAUAUCUCAAAAUUUUUGUUUUUUAUACAGUUAUCACACACAAACUUGACACAUACAAAAUUUAUAGUUUAAUAUAAUAAAACUGAGUAAAAAUUUUAGAAACAUCGCUAGAUAUUUUCAAGUCUUGAAUAUAAUUAUACCAAAAUAAAAAAUAUUUCUUAACUAUUUAAUAAACUAUAUUAUUCAAACUAAGUCAUAUUCAACAAAACAUAUGUGGUAGAAAAUGUUAUUCUCCAUAUUUGUUUAGCGCGUGUUUUCUACGCGGUCCAAAAUAUAUAUUCAAUUCCAAUUAUGAAAAAUUUGUUCUUAGUUACUCAAAUAGGCAGACUGAUUUUACUAUAUAUCACACUAAACCCUUGGUUGGUAACCAUAAAUCACAUAUCAUCUUCUCAAUAUUCUACCAUCUUCACUGCUUAACCAUGCCUCCUCCUCCUGUUGCUGUUUACAGAUCGGAUGAUUUCUUAGCCCGUACUGCUUUCUACCUGAGAUUUCCUGUAGCUGCUUUGACUGAAGAACUUGAAAACCGAACUCCCAGUGAACAACGAACUUUGAUUGGUGAGACGCUCUACCCUUUGGUGGAACUACUCCAGCCAAUGUUUGCACCAAAAAUCACAGGAAUGCUACUUGAACUACCCCGACCCCAAAUCUUUCGGUGCAUAGAAUCACCAGAAGUCCUCAAAGAGAAGGUUAAUGAGGCAAUUGAUGUUUUAGUGGACUGGUAUCCCCAACAGAUGCAGCUAAACGAGCAAGAAGCUAGGGAGUUUCGAGCAGCCAUGCUCUUAUCUAAGCUUUGAUGUGAUUUUGCUUGGUUUAAUUAUGUUUGAUGUUGCAUUUUGAUUCCUCAUUUCUGUCCCAAAUAAAAAACUUAAGAUCCUAUCAUUAUUGUUAAAGUACUCAAUGUUCUAAUGAAAAUUUUAAAACAUAUAUUUUGUUUUGUUUUGUCCAAAACUAAAAAUAUGUGAUUAUCAUCUAUACCAAAACCAACCAUAAACACAAACACAAGACCAACCAUAAAAACAAAUGCAAAGGCCAAACCAAGAAACCAACCAUAAAAUGUCUUUUCAAAUAUCGAAUUGUUUUUACAUUUUUUUUAUUUAUGAUGACAAAUGCCUAUGACAUGUCAGAUUUUGUUUUUACAAAAUUACUACCAAGUAAAUUACUAAAUCAAGUAAAGGUAUAAAUAUCAGAUGUUCAAAAACCCUAAAUCGCCUUUCGUCUCCCAAAUCUGCCGCCGCCGCCAUCGUUGAUCCUGUAAUGGAUUCGAGUUACUCUGAUUCUCGUCCUUAUGGUGUUUGGAACCAAACCCAGAUGGUUGAUUCAAUGAGCAACGACCAGUCUGAAUCUCAGACAAUGCCACAGUUAAAAAGGCCGAAACUUGUUGAUGACAACAACACUUCUUGGAAUGUUCCAUCUUCAAACGCUCCUCCUGUGAACAAAGGGACGGCUAAUAUCUUCUACAAGACGAGGAUGUGCGUGAAGUUCAAGUCAGGGGCUUGUAGGAACGGAGAGCUUUGCAACUUUGCUCAUGGGAUGGAGGAUUUGAGGCAGCCUCCGUCCAACUGGCAGGAGAUUGUUGGACCUCCUGUGCAAGACAGGGAGAAGGAGAGGGAGAGGGAAAGGGAGAGGCUUUCUUCGGUUUCCGGUGGGAAUAAUAGUAAUAAUAGUGGUAAUUGGGAAGAUGAUCAGAAGAUUAUAUUGAGGAUGAAGCUUUGUAGGAAGUUUUGUUUUGGUGAGGAGUGUCCUUAUGGAGACAGGUGCAAUUUCAUUCAUGAGGAUCUUUCUAAGUUUCGUGAGGAGAAUGGGAAGCUGAGGGAGAGUUUGGCUAUAAGUGUGGUUGAUCCACUGUCUGUUGAGAAUGGUGUUGUUGCUUUUUCUCAGCAAGUUGAAGUGGUUAGACAAGGAGGCGUCCCUUUACCUGUACCUGCACCGUUGAACAAUGGUGUUGGUGGUGUCAAGACUGUGUUCUGGAAGACUAGGCUGUGUGGGAAGUUUGAGAAGGGUCAGUGUCCUUUUGGUGAUAACUGUCACUUUGCUCAUGGCCAAGCAGAGCUGCUGCAACACUCUGUUGGAAGAGUUGAAGGAGAAGCUCUGAACGCAGUAGCAGCGUCUGUGAGUAAACCGAUGGUGGUGCCUGCAAAUGAAGCAUUUGCGAUGAAACCAACUGCACAAGUAACAGCAGACUCUUCUGGCCUUAACGAUGAAGGGAGACGAAAGAAGUGUUUGCUCAAGUGGAGCGACUCCAAGAAGAUUAAUAGAAUCUAUGGGGACUGGAUCGAUGAUUUACCGGUCGGUCAGAAGUCGACAAAACCAGUAGAGAGCUAAAGAGUCUUCUUGUUUUGGUUUCCACUUGGUUUGAGUCUUUGGUGAUCAAAGGUGAAUAAAAGCUUUGGUCGAAAAUUUUGAGUAGUAAUAAUCUGUUCUUAUGUGGUUACACGAGCAAUUCUUUGAUUCGCUAUGUUCUUGAUGAAGAACAUAUUCAUAGCUUAGCAUUUCCCUGUCCUUUUAAUAUUUGAUUACAUAAAAGUGGUUUGGAAUCACUAUCAGCUUCAUCUUUCAUUUGUUUACAGUUUUUUAAAAUAAAUUAGUACUCCAAUAUGAUCAUUGGUCCAUUAAUCA